AUGGACAAGAUGAAGCCGACUCUAGCAAAGGCUGCCCCGCCGUCGGUAGAACACGCGUUCAGGUUGCUGUCCAGCAUCUACGAGACCGCCGCGCACAGCCUGUUCGACGUGGCCGGGCGCCUCGUGUCAGCAGGGCUCUCGUCGCUGCACCUGGACAACAUUCAUGAGUUUCUAGCGGGCAUGAAAGCGGGCGAAUCUAGCGAUUCGAACAUUAACGAGCGCGAACCACCAAAACCAAUCUACCCGGAGGUCGCCACGGGCGAUGCACCAUACAGUUUCUCGGAAGCCAAGCUCCGUGGCGCGAUCCACAUCCCGAAAGAGUUCCGGUACGGCGCAGAUGGUGCACCGCAGCCCGUGCUGCUCGUCGGUGGAACGGGGAACUCCGGCUACGUAACGUACGCCGGUUCUUUCAUCCCGUUGUUGCAAAACCCCGAGACGGCCUUCGCAGACCCUGUGUGGCUCAACAUUCCUGGGUACUCGCUUGACAACAUCCAGACCAACGCGGAGUUCGUGGCAUACGCGAUCCAUUAUUUGUCAAGUAUCUGCAGUCGGCGCAUAUCGGUGUUUGGAUACUCGCAAGGAAAUCUGGAUGCACAGUGGGCAUACAAGUACUGGCCGUCUGUCCGCCAACAUGUAGCGAACCACGUAGCAUUUUCUCCCGGCUACCAUGGUACAAAGAUAACAAACCUCCUUGCCAUGGUGCCACAGCCACCGGCUUGGCUACAAUCCACAUAUAACAGCGAGUUGGUCAAAACUAUGCGCAGCAACGGCGGUGACUCGGCAUACGUGCCGACAACGAUAAUCUACUCCUCAACGGAUCAAGUUGUGCAGCCGCAAGUUGGUGACGGCGCAUCGUCACCGCUGAAGGAUGAGCACGGGGCAGGAGUGUCUAAUGUUAUGGUGCAACAAGUGUGUCCCGGGAAACGUGCGGGCGGCUUCUACACUCACGAGGGCAUCAUGCUACACCCUCUCGCCUAUGCAUUAGCCAAAGAUGCGGUACUCAAUGGAGGGCCAGGUCAAGUGUCAAGGCUAGACUUGGAGGACAUAUGGAACAACUACCUAGCUCCAACCCUGACGUUGGAGCAUUUCGUUCUAACAGAAAACUCCGCAGUCUUUGCGGCAGCUGUGACCUUGUUGUAUCAUGGCAAGUCAUGGUCAGAGCCGAAAAUCCAAUCCUACGCAACGUGA